AUGGAAGGAAUUUUCUGUGGAGGGCCUAACUUCUUCGGUGAAGGAAGCGAAACUAUAUCUGGAUUUGAUGCUGGUGGAUUGUCUACUGGACGAUGCGAUUCGAUUGUGAAGGUCAUUCGAGCUUUGGAAAAUGUUAGAUUCUUGAGAUUAGAUGGCAUUUCGAUGCAGGCUCUCUAUGGUGGCACCAGCCCUUUGUUUGUCAAGUUCUCCAAAUUAACCAAGUUGGAUAUUGAAUGCCAUUGUUGCCAAUGGCGAUCUCUGCCUGUGAUGCUCGGGUGCUCGGCCGUGUUGGAAGUCCUUAAGAUUAGAAAGGUGAAAUGCGUCAGUGACGGAUCAAUUCAAUGUGAUUGUUGGGAUGAACCCAAGGAAGUUCCCGAAUGCUUGUCAAACAGUCUCGCUACAAUGUCAUUUACUGGGUUUGAAGGCAUCGAUUCUGAGAUGAAAAUGGUAAAGUAUAUCUCAAAACACGGCGCAGUGAUGAGAACAAUCGAACUAGAGUCGGCUCCUGAUCGUGUGGCCUCGAAUACUAAGUUUCAAACUCUUUGGAGGAUAUCCAUGUUCCCCAGAUUUUCUCCAACCUGCAAAAUCCAAUUUGAUGGAGUAGACGUCUCUAAGGCCUUGUGA